AAUUCAUCAGUAUUGUUGCAGUUUGGCGCAGUCCAAAUUUUCCUUGGAGCUGACCUCUGCCCUCAGUGAACGUCGUCAACAGAGAUCAUGGCGGAGUUUGUUCAGUUGUAGAGACAGUUCACCCGAAUUAACGAUCAAUAUGUGGCCAACAUGAAAGGCAAGGCAGAAGAAAACAGACCUCCAGGUCCGACCAAGAAGUUCCUGUACCGAGGUCCCAACAGACCAGCUGAGGAAGACGAGGAUGCUCACCCAGACUUCCCUCCGCGGAAACGCUCCAUUCCUACAGGUUUUGAUUUUGACCUUGAUGAAGUGUGGAGUAUAAAGAAGAACAUCCCCAUCCCUCCCCGCACCCCUCGUGGACUGGGCAGUCAGGUGGGCACCAAGAUCACCUCUACAGGGUUCUACUCAAGACAUACUAAUGUGAAGAAAGAUGCAAAGCCUGACCCACUGGGGAUGGGAAACACUGGAAGAACAGGCCUGCUGAAAGCUCAAGAAACAACUCCUACAUGGAAAUCUCGGUCUCCAGGGUUUGGAGGACAGCCGUCACCAAGAGGGAGUGCGGACGAUGAUUUUGACUUUGACGAUGACAUAUUUGGUCCACCCACUGGUUCAAAAACGACCAACCAUAUGGAUAGAAAAAAUGCAGGAUGGAAAGGGUCAUACGGGCUUUAGAACAAAACGAAAAACUUCUAAAAAGUUUGUUAUGAUCUUGAUAAUCUGCAACUGAUCCAUGACAUUGAUGAUUCUUGUAUAAUUACAGAUUUCAUCAUCUUAGAAUUAGAUGUAUCACAUUUCUUUCAGUGCUUGAUACCUUACUUUACUCAGAAUGAAUUCAACUAGUAUUGCUUACAUUGACUACACUGAUACAAUGAAGGGAUAUUCGUUUGUACCAGUUAGGAUUAUUGGCUGAUUUGUUAAUCUAAAGAAUAAGAUGAAUUCAGAAACUUGCAAUAAGAGUUAACUAGAUAUCAAUUAUAUGAAAAGGUUAUAUCACCAUGGUAACAGCUAUAUUAACCAAUAGAAUUUUCCCUCUUUGAAAUUGGGCAAUCUGAUUGGUUAUGGCUUAAAGUUCAUGUCAUCUUUGAGGGCAUUUUUUGUUUGUGGAUGUACUUUGUUCAUUACUUGACGAUGGGAACACUGUAUUUCUACUUACAUGUAUUGUUUAUCUUAAUCCAUCAUUCCUAAACGAACAAAACUAAGCGUCUGUAUAAUGUAUUUUCUUACUGUUGUAUCUACCUAAGUGCAGUUAUGUAAAUAUGUAGUAGUUUAGGAAGUAGCAGACCUCUUAUUGCUUUAGAUAUGUUUUUCUAGUCCAAGUGUUGGAUAUUGUUUGUAAAUUAUUCUACUGUUGUAUAUAGUGAUACUGGUGAGGCAGAUGUACAUGUAAUUUGCUGUACAGUUUUGCUCUGUAUGUAAUGUAAUCAACCCAAACAUUGCAAGAUGUUCACUAAUUGUUUGAAAGGGUGAAAUGGAAAGUUAAGGAUAUAUCCAUCCUUAAGGUGGUCUUAAGGUUUAAGAAAAGCUUGACUACUUGAACAAUCUUUGUCUCGGCUUUGAAUAGUUCCUUUGUUUAAGGGAAGAAAUACAGUCAAAUGUUCUGUAUGAAAGAAAAAAAACUUAGAAGUUUAGAGGUAUUUCAUCAUAGCCCUGUAUCGCUGAAUAGUUUAUAUAUACAUGUGUAUUUAGCGCUAUGCACUAAUACAGUUUUGUAUGUUAUCAUGCAGUUUGAUAUUAAGCACUUCAACAUACCAGAGUUUCUUAUUAUCAUUCCUCCUUUUGACAUGUUGAAAAUUUCUGACAAAAACUGUUUGAAUGGAGUUGAGUCAUAAUUCUAACAUUUCCGUCCAAUGUUUUGAGGUCGCACCAUGUUGUCAAUAAAGUCUUUGUUGAAGCACA